AGCCAUCACUGAAUCAUGUCGUUGUGGGUAGACAAAUAUCGUCCGAAAACUCUAGAUCAAUUGUUAUAUCAUGACUCUAUAACUCAAAGCUUGAAGGCAUUAUCUAAAUCAGGUGAUUUUCCUCACUUGUUAAUCUAUGGACCAAGUGGAGCAGGUAAAAAGACAAGAAUAUAUUGUACUUUGAAUGAAAUCUUUGGAUCCCUGGUUGAAAAAUUAAAGAUUGAUGUUAAAACAUUUGUUACUUCUUCUAAUAGAAAGUUAGAAUUCAACGUGUUGAGUUCUCCUUAUCAUUUGGAGAUUACUCCUUCCGAUAUGGGUAACAAUGAUCGUGUGGUUAUUCAAGAUUUGUUAAAGGACAUUGCAUCAACUGAACAAGUUGAUUUCAAUAAUCAAAGUUCGUCCAAGACCAAACACAGAUUCAAGAUUGUUAUCAUCAAUGAAGCAGAUUCGUUAAGUAGGGAUGCACAAGCCGCAUUAAGAAGAACCAUGGAAAAGUAUUCAUCUAAUAUCAGAUUAAUCUUGGUUUGCAACUCGAUCUCCAACAUUAUUGCUCCAAUCAAGUCAAGAACUCUUUUAGUGAGAAUUCCAAGUCCUUCCAUUACUGAUAUCAAUUCCAUCUUGUCUAAUAUUUCCGUCAAAGAAGGUAUUAAGUUCAGUUCUAAUGACCUUGAACCAUUCUACACCAAAGUUUCUACUGCUAGUAAUCGAAAUUUGAGAAGAGCUUUAUUAAGUUUUGAAACUUUGACUAUGCAAAAUGAAACUAUUAAGCCAGAAACUAACCUUUCAAUUAUUAAUUUAGAUUGGGAAGUUAUAAUAAAGAACAUUGCCAAUAACAUCAAAACCGCUAGAAAUGUUGCUACUUUGGCCAAAAUAAGAACAGUAUUCUAUGAGCUUUUAUCGCAUUGUAUUCCUGCCAGAAUUAUUUUGAAAACCUUAUUGUUUAAUUUGAUUGAGAUUAUUCCUGAUGUUAGAGUUGUGCAAGAAUUGGUUAAUUUAGCCUCAGUAUUUGAUGAAAGGUUAAGUUUGGGACAAAAGAGUAUUUUCCAUUUAGAAGGUUUUGUUGCAAAAUCAAUGGUAACUAUUGAUCAAUAUAAUUAAAACUGUAUAACAUUAUAUAUUUAAACUAACGUUGUAUCUUAUUAUCGGAUGAACCCUUGACGUCAACGGCAGGGGCUUGUAAUGGUUGAACAAUAUCUUCAUAUGCAGGAAGGUCACCAGCUAAUGCAUCAUUCUGUGGUCUUGAUGAUGAGCUUCCUGCAUUUCCUUGCUGUUGUGGUUGUGGUUGUUUAAGUUGUUCUGGUUCAUAGAAACCUUCUUCCUGAGCACCAACUCUACUUUCUUGAUGAUGAUCAUGAUCUUCGUAGAAACCUUCUUGUUGUUGUCCAAGUCUUGAUUCAUCAUCAUCUGGAAGUCUAUUAUAACCGCCUUGUCGAGAUUGAGGAAAUUCAAUGUACCACAAAUAGUAAAGGGUAAAUAUUGCUCCUGGAAUAUGUCCAAACAUGGUUAAUAAAACACUAACCAAAAAUUCCUUGUUCCAGAUACUGUAUUUUUUGGCAAGAAAUAUUGCCAAAGGAGGCAACACAAGUGCCGCAAUAAUCAAGAUGAACUGUUCCUGCUGAGGUUGUGUGUUGGCCAUACUGAGGGGGGGGGAGUUGUAUUGAAUGUUUUUAUUUAAAAAAAAAAUUGAAAUAGUUGAUAAUCUUUUGAAUCCUUUGGUAAUGAUUUCUUGCGCCUCCUUGGCAACAAUGUACCUAAUUCAUGUGUCAUUUGCCCUUUUGGCGCUACCAGUUGAAUACAACUUUUACUAUCAUUUCAACAGACAACUUCCUUUCAAGUCUAUAAAGCUAUUUGAUUAAGCUUGUUAUUGGUAUGAUUUAAUUUCCUGUUUAUUCCAGAAGAAUGUCUUGUUGAAAUAGUACGUUAGUU